AUGACUCGCUUCAUCACUUUGGCGCUCGCCGUUGCGCUCUCCGCGCAGUCGGUGUUGGUUGCCGGGGCUUCUCAGAAGUGUAGCCCGAGCCAGAAGUGUCCCAGCUCGGCGCCAUGUUGCUCGUUAUAUGGAGAAUGUGGUUCCGGUGCCUAUUGCCUGGGAGGAUGUGAUAUGAAAUCUUCCUUCGCCGUGGACUCGUGUGUCCCGAUGCCGGUCUGCAAGAGUCAGACGUACAAUUGGGACAACCUGGACAGCGUUGUGCCCAACACCAAGUACCUGGGCGAUGCUAGCAAGGCGGAUUGGGUCUCCAGUGGUGAGCCUAAGUCCGCUGGUGGUAACCUGCUGUUGACCAUGGCUCCCAGCACUGUUGGUACCCUGCUCGGCCACAACCACUACAUGUGGUAUGGCAAGGCCACCGCCAAGCUAAAGACCAGCAGAGGACGUGGUGUAGUGACAGCUUUCAUUCUGAUGUCUGAUGCAAAGGACGAGAUUGAUUUCGAGUUCGUUGGAGCCGACCUGGUUACUGCUCAGACCAACUACUAUUACCAAGGAAUCACCGAUUACACCCAAGGCAAGAACGCAUCUAUCUCUAAUACUUUCGAAGAAUAUCACACCUAUGAGAUCGACUGGAAGCCCGAAUCGAUUACCUGGAGCAUCGAUGGCAACGUCAUCCGUACUCUCGAACGUGACAGCACCAUGAACAGCACUACGCACCAGUACCACUACCCUUCCACCCCCGCUCGUGUCCAACUCUCCCUCUGGCCGGCUGGUCUGUCCACCAACGGAGAGGGUACCAUUGCCUGGGCCGGAGGUCUCGUCGACUGGAAGUCUGAGGACAUUCAGAAGAAUGGCUACUAUUACGCUGCUUUUGAUUCUGUCACCAUCGAAUGCUACGAUCCUCCAAAGGGUGCCAAGGUCGAAGGUAGCAAGUCCUACGUCUACACCGAUGAGAGUGGUACCGAAGGCUCCGUAAAGAUCACCGACCAAAGCACUAUUCUCAAGUCAUUCCUCGGCAACGGCAAGGACAAGGACAAGGACUACCCAAGCCCUACCAAGGGAGGUUCCGCUACACCCCGCCCCUCCGAAAUUGCUGUCAUUCCUGGUCUCAGCGGUGCUGGUCCUGGUCUUGACGGCAAGCGACCAGGUGACGGUGAUAACGGCAACCACAACGGUGGCAACGGCGGCAGCGGUGGUUCCGACCCUUCCUCUCCCCAACAGACUGGCUUCUCCCAAGGCCCUAUCAACGGCAACGGCAACUCGAGCGGUGCCUCUGCUCCUGGAGACCAAGUCCUACAAGGCUCCCUAUUUGCAGUUUUCAUCGCCAUCAUGGCACUAGUAACUUUGUAA